CAACGCAUUCCACUGAACGAAAGGGGCGGGACACACCAUAUGCUCUGUUCUGUUGUUUUGUCUUGUCUGGAUACAAUUCUCUACUUUUAAAGUUGUGACCGUCAUGUGAACAGUUUAUUAGAAAGCAAGAUUUGUAUUACUCAUUAACGCUGUAUAUCCUUUAUAUCUCAAAAAACGAGAAUCAACAUGUUAAAGAAAAAGGGAUAUUCAUGAUGCAGGAACAAGUGGGAACACUAAUUGAAAUCUCACUCAAAAGUGGUUUGUCUGUUGAUGAAAUCUUGGCUGUUCUUGGUAAUGAACAAAUUGCAGAACUGAAGUUCAGGAAAAAACCAUUUGAUUUUUACAGUUUCAUUUUAACAAGUUGUAUGAUAGUUCUUUUGCUUGCAUUGGUGUAUCCAAAUUUGUAUGAGAAUCCGAAAGGUUUUAUCUCCCAGAUACAAGAAGAAUACACAACAAAGAGAGAGGCUGUUUGCCUGAUUCCUCAAAGUGCUUUGACGUUGGAAUUAACAAGACCUUUAGCAAAAUGUUCCUUCUGUGAUUCUUUAACACAGAUUCCUGUUAUAGAAAAUGUAUCAAAGGAUUAUUUUUUGAACCAUCAUGCCUACACAAGAGUACCUGUGCUUGUCAAAAAUGCAGUAAGCAACUGGUCUGCUCUGACUAUGUUUACAUUUCGAUACUUUCAGAAACUCUAUGACAAAUUAGAAGCUUAUGAUGAAAAUGAAGAUAUGGGGUGUCAAUUUUUUCCAUACAAGACCAACUUUAAAAGUUUAAAACAAGUGUUACACAUGAGCAAAAAAAGGUCUGAAUUGCAAAAAGAUCAAUGGUAUAUUGGAUGGAGCAAUUGUGUCCCGCGUGUAAUGAAAUCUUUACGAAAACAUUACCACACCCCUCACUUCUUACCAGAUGAUUCUGAAUCUAGUCACCUGGAUUGGAUGUUUAUGGGUGGUAGUGGAACAGGUGCUGACAUGCAUAUUGAUGCAGUAAACAGGCCAUCCUGGCAAGCCAUGAUUCGAGGAAGAAAAACAUGGUUUUUUGAGCCUCCACCUGAAUGCGAACAUGUAUGUAAAAGGCAUCUAAAUGUUACCAUGGAACCUGGAGAUAUAUUGGUAGCAGAUACAAAUCGGUGGUAUCAUGCAACCUAUAUACACCCAGGCAAUUUGAGUAUCACGAUUGGAUCAGAGUUCGAUUAGAUAAACUCAGCAUAAGUAUUGAAAUACUGCUGUGUUUUUUUUCAGCUGGCUGGAUCAUCUUGUUGAAAAACACAGUGUAUUAUAUAUUCAGCUGUAUGGUUUUGACUCAUGAGAAAUAUAGGUUAAUAGAUCUUUAAAAUUUAUGUAUAUGUUUAUUUAAUAACAAAAUUUAUGAUUUUAGAAAUAUUCAUGGCAUAUUUUAAUAUAUAAAAUGUGAUAGGUUAGAAUUCUUGUAAAAUGUAUUUUAUUUUAUUUUAUAUACAUUUUGUAUGUACAUUUUGUAUAUACAUUUUGUGUAAAGAAAAUUAGAUUCUUUCAAAUUUGAUAUUAGAAAAAACUUUUAUUAAGAUAUAGACUAGAUUUGUCAGAA